AUGGAUACCGACGACGAGUGGGACGGGGACGGAGACGAACACUCCCAAGAUUUGAUCCAUGUCCCUCUUGACUCUCACCAAGGACGAACUGUGCUACCGAGCCCCAUAGCAAAGGCCGUCAGUCUUGCCACUCGCUCAACAUGUCUAGCAAUUCGCGUUGGUACCCUCAUCAGCUCUUACGGCUUUGAUGCUGCCAAGUUCACCACUCUUUCCAGUCUGGAGCUGAGCAGGGGUAUACUCGAGGGGAUCCUAAGCAGAUCCGGGAGAGAUAUGCUCGUACGCUCCAACAGUGAUCUGGGUAGAGAAGACGCCGAGACUGUCCUGGAGAGGAGUCUGGAGCACCUACAUAGUGCCAUGUCCCAAAUCGUUUUUUGGACUACAACCGGCUUCCAGAUGACGAGUACAACCAUCUCCGUCGCUUCAGAAAUAUCUCAGCUUCUUCUCUCGUCUCUCGACCAGUUCUUCGGCUCAACCGACUCUUCACGGGCCAUCGCGAGCAUCAUUACCCUAAUUCGCCGCGAGUUCCAGAAUCCUGCCACUGGUGUAGAGGGCGAGCGCGUGGGUGUUGUGGAUCUGGUCAUGGGCUUGUGCGCAUUGGCCUACCUGCAGCGCAAAUGUCGACGCUUCCUCGACGAAGAGACAAGACGACUUGGCCACGAUGAGAUCGUUUGGGACGUUGUCGUUCUUAACGACGGGGAGCGGGUCGAUAUCCACGAGAACAGCCUCUACGGGGUACACAAAGGCCGUUACAAGAGCAAGGGUCCUGAUAUUUUGGUUUCUAUCCCAGGAGACCAACCUAGUCCUGGUAUACUAGCCACCAUCGAACGGCAUGGUGAGCGAGAAACCAGUGAAGACGAAGACGACAACGACCUGCCAGAAAUUCGCCUCAAAAAUCAAAUUAUGCGGUCCAUGCCCGCAGACACGAGCGUCUCCAUCUCGACAACGACCUUGACGAGGAAGAUGAUAACGGUAGACUUUACUGGACCUGAACCCCCGACUUUGACACCGCCUCCAGGCGUCGAAGUUGUCGAACGGGAAGUUUUGCCGUCGACAGAGGGUCCGAAGGAGCAAUUGGUGCGGCAUCAGGCCGUUGCUGAUGUCCCGACCUAUCGGGUCGUUUACAGAGUCGACAAGAGCAAACAUCGGAACACAACAAUCCAGGGCUUCGAGGAGGCGAAAGAGAACUCUCGAAAGGUGGAAUCACUGGACGAUACCGAAGAUUCGGAUGGUUAUGGUCGAAAUGAUGAAAAGGACGAGCCGCCACCCGUUCCCCCAAAGAAGGCGCUGACCUCGGCCCCAGCCAGUAUUUUGAGGCCAGAUGUGACCUCUAACCCGACCCCUCGCCGAACAAAGGUUGGCCCUAGUUUUCCCUCAAGUUCACCCAGCAACCGAAUCUCUCAAAUCCCGACACCCAAACAGAGUCCUGAGAACGCGCCGAACCAAAAGCGACAGCGCGCGCCCCUAGGGCCCUUGCCAGUGCGGGCACGCCAGGAGAGUGCAGUCCCGCCCUCGCACCCCGAAGUCAACAAGCCCAAGAGAAAUAAGGGCGAGCCCCUUUCCAGUGGCAAACCGUCAGAGAAGCCCACCACUGAGAAGAAGGGAGGUAUCAGACAAGCUUUGAAAAGGGGCACCAGCUCAACCAGCUCAAAUAUUUCCAACCUUUUCCACCGAGACGGAAGCGGCACGGGCAGUUCGCAAACCACGGGGAAACCGAAGCAGGCGGCCAAGCCUGGCCCAACGCGUACCUCUGCCCAGCCGGGGCGUCCGUCUCAGACUCGGGCCAUGGGCCCGACUGCUGCCUCUAGCUCGCGGGGCCGCAGCUACGAGAACCCCUCGCCCGUCCCUCGCAGCUCUUCACGAGCCAGUUACAUAUCCGUACAUGAGCGACGCCGAGACUCCAUUGUGUCACAGACGGAAACCUACUCCUUCCACGCCGUUGACGGAUAUCGACCCCAGUCUCCCGGGUAUGCCCGCCGUGACGGCGUAGGCCAGCCCAGUAUUCCCAAGUCGCGGUCAGAGAAGGACAUGAAUGACCAGAAACCAUCAUCGCCGAUGAAGUCCAGAAGGGCACGUUCCCACGUCAACACGCCAAGCCUCUACAGUAUUGCCAAUACUGGUUCUCAGACAUCUCUGGUCCUAUCAUCGUACUAUCAGAAGAGUGCAUACACAGACUCGGAGGCGAUCGACACCUUGAGGCGGGCAGGCACAGUGGACGGGGUUUUCCCGGCAUUUCAUCUCCUCCGGAACAUCACUCGAUAUAUGAGAUUCUCUUCGGCGUCAUAUGGUUCCAACUUUCUCAAGUUCAUGGGUAUAUCAAAGGAAAUGCCCCUGAUUAAAGCACUGGACGACACGCACCACGAGAUCAGAUCCUUUGCACACCACACAGAAUCCGAAUCCACCAGCAUCCUCCUUGCUUCUUUCGUCGACGCUCAGGGAGGAUCCGACACCACCGGCUCAACAGGCACCGGAGUCCCCUUGGUCCACUACAUCUCCCUAGACCACGAAUCAAAGGCCGUCGUCCUCGCGUGCCGCGGCACACUCGGCUUCGAGGACGUCUUGGCCGACAUGGCCUGCGACUACGACAACCUGUACUGGCGAGGCAAAUCCUACAAGGUUCACAAGGGCAUCCACGCGUCCGCCCGUCGCCUGCUCUACGGCGGCGACGGACGUGUUCUGUACACGCUCAAAGAGGCUCUGGAUGAAUUCAGCGACUACGGACUCGUCUUGUGCGGCCACUCGCUCGGCGGCGGGGUCACGGCACUGUUGGGCACAAUGCUGGCCGAGCCCUCGUCUUCGGGGACGGGAUUCGUGACGACUUCAGACCCACAUCGCCGACUCCUCGGGGACGGGCGCCUACUGGAUGCCGAUACAACGCACGUGUGUCUCCCCUCAGGUCGACCCAUCCACGUCUACGCGUACGGACCGCCUGGGACAAUGUCUCCAGCCCUCCGUAAAGCCACGCGAGGUCUCGUAACCAGCGUCGUCCACGGCUGCGAUCUGGUCCCCUUCCUGUCUCUGGGUGUUCUGCACGAUUUCCAAGCCGUGGCCCUCGCCUUCAAGAGCGACAACCACGAAGCGAAAGUCGAGGUCAGACAAAGGAUAUGGCAGGCCUUCCAGUCCGGCCUGGCGGAGAAGUGGUACACAAACAGCAGUAGCAGCCGCUCGAUGGCCGCCGACGAGGAUAAGUGGAGCAUCUCGGCGUUGACGACGCUGCGGUCCAGCAUGAUGAGCCUCAAGCUACUGCCGCCCGGCGAGGUGUUUAUUGUAGAGAGCCAGCGGGUCCUGAGGCGCGACGCGUUCCUCGUGUCAGACGAGGAGUCCAUCGGCCGACCUGCGCAGCGGAUCGUGCUCAAAUAUGUCAGGGACGUUGAGUCACGGUUCAGAGAGGUCCGGUUCGGCACCAGCAUGUUGAUUGAUCACAGCCCGGCCAAGUAUGAAGAGGCGUUGAACAAACUGCGUUUCGGAGUUGUCGAAAGUUGA